AUGAGCGACGACGGUCACGAGUACAGUCCGUACUCGAUUGCGCGGGACGUCGCGUUGCCGCACUGUUGUCUGCGCAAGGCGGACGCCGAGAGCAGCGUCACCGCGGAACUUGGCGGUAUCACCGUGGCGUCGUGGCCUCUCUCGACCGAGACCGUCGCAGCGCUCACGACCAAGUACUCUGGCCGCAUACCGGCGCAAGAUGUCACCAUCAGUGGCCUCGGCAUUGCCGAAAACGAGUAUUUUUCCGAAUCCGACAUUCUCAGCAACUUUGAUCCGUAUCCCGACGGCGACGAGUUCGGCAUGACGUUCAGCAUGUCACUGGCGCAUGUGGCGAUCGACGCGACCGGCGACGCGUCGACGUUCAAGCCGGCAACGCAGCGACCGCCACGCUACACGUUUGCUACGGUUGUCUACUUCUUUCCGUCCAACUGCGUCGGCGGCGCCGUCACGAUCUCGCAUGGCCACCGGACGACGACGUACGAGGCACUUGACGCGCCAAUUACGUCGGGACAUCGGUCGUUUGCUGUGUAUCACGCCGUCUACGAUCUUGCGGACUUUGACUAUGCCGUAAAGCCGCGGUACGCACCCCCGCCACUGCCAUCGCUCCAAGAACUCCAACUCGCCGCUCGCCGCUUUGAGCCCGAUGGCCACAAUAGUGUCAUGAUCCGGCUUGCGACGCGCAGUGCGACGCCGACGUUUGGUCCGCUCACGGGUCCUGACAAGGCAAUUCUCGACCUGCUACUUGCAGCCGACGUCUUUGACAUUGCCAUUGUGCGGGCGGACGAAGGCGACGACAGCGAGACCAACAGCAUUGACGAGAGCGACGACGAAAGCGAGAAUGAUAGCGGUGACGUGAGCGAGGUUGAGAGAGAGAUUGAGAGCGAGGUUGAGAGUGAGAGUCCCGCCCCAACACUCCCCGAGACGUUCCAUCCGCUAUGCACGACGCCGGCACUCGUCCAAGACGCUUAUCACCAGACGCCAAUCAACGAGCUGGCAGACACGGACGAGAUCAAGUCGCCCGGCUACUUUUUGCUCGUGUGGCCCAAGGUGUGCCGCGUACGCAUUUUAGGCUACGACCGCACGAUAGCGCUCUUGCGUGCGCAUCUUGACGGUGACGAGACCGACGACCUCGGCUAUGGGUCACUCCACGGCAUCUUUGAAGCGGCAUUUCGUGCCUUCUACCCGCAGCCUCGGAGCAACUACAAUGCCUCCAAGCCACCUCAAGUCACGCAUGCGAUGGCGUCUUUGCUCUACGACCAUGGCGACGUGGAGCUCAUUGAAGCGUUUAUGGACGUUCACGACCAGUGGGCCGACGACGAAAACAUGGCGAAGUGGCUUCUCGCGGUGCUCCAGCGCUUUGGGGCGUCUCGUUUCCAGCACCGGAUGCACAUGGUGAAGGCAGCGAGUGCUUUUGUGGCUCAGUUGGUGUCGCUCGCGACGGCCGGCGACAGACUCGCACAGACGAUCGCAAACGACUGCAUCCCGCUGUGGUGGCCUCAUUUGCUGCGCCACCUCGCCAGGGACAGCUGCUUCACGAAAAAGGAAACACUGGGCUAUAUGCUCGACGUCGAGACGUACAUGCUCGAGAACCCGAUCGACGUCACUGCGUCGGAGUGCUUGCGUCGGCACGUCCCCGACACUGCUGUGCGCGCGGUGGCCACGUACGUUGCACCACCGCUCGUGCCGCUUCUGGACAUUGUCCGAGUCGACAAGUGCCUCAUUGGCAGCCUUCCGGCUGUCGUGUGGCCACGGCGAGACGCGCUGGGCAGCGUGCGCCUCGCAGCGUGCAUUGCGCUAGCUGUCGAGCAUGUGUCCUCGUCCAAAGAGCGCCCUCGAUGCUGCAAAGGCCAUGUGCUCUACUUGGCACUGCUGACGGCCGGGACACCAGCCCUUGCCAUCGUCGACGCCGACGUGCAAACGUGGCGAUACACGGCCCGAUUCAAUGCUGCAUGCGCUGCGGUCGACAAGACGACGCUGAGUACGAUGCAAGCGCUCGUCUUGGAAGAGUACAUGCGACGUCCAUCGUAG